AUGAGGAAGGCGUUCAAGAAAGCGUUUCAAGAGCUCAAGGAUGUGGUGGAAGGAAGGCCAGACGGAGACCAACUUGGAGAUCAGACUGUGAGCUUCAACCCGAACCUGCCGACGGACCUGAGCCCGAGCCCUCGGCCACGGCUCCGUCCCACGCCCCAAGUUAUCCUCCGCUACCGAUAUCAACAUGGGACCAACCUGGGCGGCAUCUUCGUCCUGGAACAAUGGUUGUUCGGGAGUAUGUAUGACCAAGGCGUCUCGUCGAGCAGUGAACUCGAUGCGGUUGUGGCGUCAAUCAACACUCGCGGCCUGGACGAAACCCGCCGGAAAUGGGAGACGCACUGGUCCAGCGCGCUCAGCGACGCCGACCUGCACUGGCUGACGCACAGCGCCCACUGCAAUCACAUCAGACUGCCCAUCGGGUAUUUCACGCUCGGGCCGGCGUUCUGCACGCACACGGCAUUCGCCACGCCGCACCAGGCCAGUCAAGUCUACGUCAACGCGUGGACGGCGGUCAAAGAGCUGGUGGCGCGCUGUUCGGCCCACGGCAUCGGCGUGCUGCUCGACUUGCACGGCGUGCCCGGCGGCGCCAACCACGAAACGCACUCGGGCACAAGCAGCGGCAAGGCCGAGCUCUGGGCCAACGCGGCCAACCUCGACCUGGCGACGCGGUGUGUGCUGUUCAUCGCGCACGAGGUGACUCGCGACCCGCGCCUCGCCGCGGUGGUCGGCGUCCAAGUGUGCAACGAAGCCAUCAUCGAUCCGCCGGGCAUGUAUGAAUGGUACAACGACGUGAUCCAACGCGUGUCGGCUGUCGAUUCCUCGCUGCCGCUCUACAUCAGCGACGGCUGGGACUUGGGCCGCGCUCUCCGCUUCACCAGAGCAUACAACAACACGGUUGUCUACAGCCACGGCCCAACUACUACGGGUGCCAACUGUCCCGUCUUUGUCGACUGCCACAAGUACUGGACGUUCGACGACAAAGACACGUCGCGCUCGCCCACCGAGAUCAUCGAGCAGGUCCGGACGGCCGAGCUGCACGAGCUGGACGCCAGUCUGGUCGGCGACGUCUUUGCCCACCAGGCCGCCGUCGCCGUCUAUAUCGGAGAAUACUCGAUGGCGCUGGCGCCGCAGACGUGGGCGCGAGCAGGUCCAGACCCACAGCGCAAGGACGAGCUGACGCGCCAGUUCGGCGUCGAGCAGUCGAAUGCCUGGCAGCGCAAGGCGGCCGGCUCGGCCUUCUGGACCUGCAAAAUGGACUGGAUGCCCGGCUGGGAAUGGGGGUUCAAGCACGCUUCCGACAACGGCUAUGUCGCCGCGCCCAAGAGUUUGGCUUACACCGUCCGACAAGUCCGGCAGAUGCUCGCGCGCGCCGAUGCCGAGAGGACUCGGCUUCACCGCGACGCCGUCGCAGGCCAUACGCAUUACUGGGACACCCUAAAUUCAAAUUCAAAUCAUGCGCCCGCGCAAUUCGAGCAUUGGCGCUACGCUGAUGGUUGGCUCCAAGGCUGGAGUGAUGCCCGCGACUUCUUUGCUGCCCGGGUCGACAGAUACGUUCCGUCUAUUUUGACCGCAGCCUCAGUGUCAGGUUGGACACCCAUGCACUCUCCUCCUGCCGCCACUCUCACUGCUCAGCAAAGUGGUCCCGUCGCUGUUGACGAAGACGAAGACGAAGACGCCCCUGUCGGCGCCGACCUGCUCGGCGGCGCCUUGGAUCUCUGGAUCCUCCACCGCAUGCGUGCUGAAGGCCUCACGAACCAUCAAGCCUGUCCGUUCGGCUGGGAGUGGGAACAUGGCUUUCGCGCCGGCGUGAGGUCGUUUGGCGACGUGGUUGCCGUUGCGAACUAG